GGAUAGAAAAAAAGGAAUCGUUCAUAAUCGAAAUUAUCGUUAACGAGCGAAGCGAAACGACGAGAGGAGUGCUUUCUUAGUGGGGAAAAAGAAAAAAAAAAUAAAAAAAAAUAAAAAAAAAAUAAAAAUAAGAAAAAAAAAAGAAAUAAAAAAGAGAGGGAGAAAAAAAAAAUUAAUCGGUGUUUCGAAUUAGCGACGUAUUUGUCGGCACGUGUUGUAGCACGUGUCGGCCUAUAUCGGGUAACCGCAGCACCGGAUCGUUUCUCGUCCUCUCUUCGCGUUGCACGUGAGCGAAUCUUGAUAAUCCGAUAAGUUCAUACGCGCUCAUUCGCUCAUGGAGAAAGGUAAUUAUCAUUCGUCUCUAUCGUAUGCGAUUUCUGGGAUACCGCGAUUACCAUUAGCAUCGACAUCCUGUUCUUACGUAAUUUGUUUGUACAUUCCUCCUCUUCUUCAUCCUCAUCUUCAUCCAUCAUCCUUUAUCCUCCUCCUCCUUCUCCUUCUCCUUCUUCUUCAUUGCACUUCGCAUAACAGCGUAAGUGCAAUGACACUUAUCGAGUAUGAAACAAAAACAAUUUUUUCACAUUUUACAGAUAAUCAUCGUUAUAAAGAGUGAUAGAGGAUUUCAAUCGGGAUAUCUUGGAACGUUUAAGAUGUUUACGAUCAUAUUAAUUUUCAUAUUGCUAAUGAUCCUUUAUUACAUGAUUCGCAAGAGAUAUCGUUUACCACCUGGCCCUUGGUGCCUACCGAUUGUUGGUUAUUUGCCAUGGAUCGAUCCGGAAGCACCGCAUGAGACAUUUACCGAAUUGAUAUACAAAUAUGGUCCGAUCUGUGGAUUGAAAUUAGGUUCUGUAUACACUGUACUUUUGUCGGAUCCUCGUCUGAUACGACAAGUCCUUGCCAAGGAUGCAUUCUGUGGACGGGCACCCCUUUACUUGACGCACGGCAUAAUGAGUGGUCAUGGUCUAAUCUGCGCCGAGGGAGAGCUCUGGAAGGAUCAAAGAAGAUUCGUCGCCGAAUGCUUGAAAAAUCUCGGCAUGAUAAAAUACGGACAGAAAAGGGACAAGAUGGAAAGAAGAAUCCUCGUAGUUGUGGAAGAAUGCAUUUCGAAAUUGGAAGAACGAUCUACGUCGUACGGUUUCGAUCCGAACGAGACUUUGCAACAUUGUGUAGGAAAUCUGAUGAACGAUCUCGUCUUGGGUAAAACAUACCAAGAGAAUGAUUUCAUUUGGGCAUGGCUUCGUACUUUACAAGAGGAAGGUGUUAAACGCAUUGGCGUUGCCGGACCUUUAAAUUUUUUACCAUUUCUCAGAUUUAUACCACGGUACGGUAAAAUGAUGUAUAGUUUGAUCGAUGGAAAGAAAAAAACUCAUGAAAUAUAUAGGAGUAUCGUUGAAGAACAUCGAAUUAGUCCCGUAAAAACGGAAAGCAUUUUGGCGGCGUUCGAAGAUCAAAUGGCGAGUAGAAAAGAUUCGGACGAUUUUGGAUAUUUUAACGAGGUUCAAUUCUAUCAUCUGCUCGCCGACAUUUUCGGUGCAGGAUUGGACACGACCGUGUCUACUCUCCGUUGGUUCCUUCUAUUCAUUGCGGCUUAUCCGGAGGAACAGGAAAAGAUCUAUCAAGAGAUGCAACAGAUGUUAGAAAAUAAAGAACCCACUUUGGACGAUAGAAUUGUUUUGACGCGUCUCGAGGCAACCAUAGCGGAAGUACAAAGGUUGAGAAGCGUUGUUCCAGUUGGUAUGCCUCAUGGAACAAUCGAGGAUGCAAAAAUAGGCGACUAUGAUAUACCGAAAGGUACGAUGGUUAUACCGGUGCAAUGGUCCGUUCAUACUGAUGAAUCUUAUUGGGACAACGCAUUCGAUUUUAAACCGGACAGAUUCAUUGACGAUGAUGGCAGAUUCUUUAAGCCGGAAGGGUUUUUGCCUUUCCAAUCUGGAAAACGUAUGUGCGUCGGUGACAAAUUGGCCAGGAUGAUCAUGUUUCUAUUCUGUUCGAGAAUAAUCCAUAAAUUUGAUGUAUCUGUCCCUCCUAACGUUUCCAUUAAUCUUAAAGGAGAUACCGGUAUCACAUUGGUUCCUAAACCCCAUAGAUUAGUUUUUACGCCUCGUAAAACAUGAUCCGUAUUUUCAUUUUCUCUUUUUCAUCCUUCCUUUUUUUCUCUUUUUUUAUACUUCAUGAUUUUUAUAAAAUAUUAAUUUUUAUUAUUAUUUCAUUUAUUUACGAUACUCCACGUGUCACGUGUU